AUGUCGUCUAAUUUCUUUCCUCAUCUCCUAGCACGUGCUUUGGGCACUAAAAGCCUUUUACAAAAUAAACAAAUAUUUAGGAAAACGUUUUCAACUCCAACAGAUGCUCCUACUUCUAUAAUUGAAUGGGAUUCUUUUUCAAAUUCUGAAAAAAUUCUUGAAUUUAAUAGGGAUACAGCAAAACUAAUUAAUGAUUUCAAAACCGAAGAAUGUGAUUUAUGGGAAUGGAGAGAUCCAGAACUAUCAAUGUCAUUUAGUCAAUUAAUAGAUUCACGAACUCUUCCAAAUGCAGAAACUACAUUAACAGAGAGUAGUAAUUCAUUUAACUUCAAUAUUCUUAAUCCAUCUAGGCGUCAACAACUUCAAAGUAAUCCAGAACAAAAUAUUACAAAUCCUAAAUCUUUUAUCAAGCUACCUAUUCUGGGGAUAUCAAACGGUAAUGAAUACAAUGAUGAACCUUCUGGUUUAUUUAUCUCAUCUUCUAGUAGAUCUAAAAAUGGGAAAUACGAUACAAAUAGUUCUCAAUAUGUUGAUACAGAAUCUAUACAUAGAGAAAGUAAAUUUCGUAAAAGCUAA